AUGGGUAAAUUUGAUUCUCAAUUACGUUUUCUUAAAUAUAAACCGCCAAAAUCUGGACCUCGUGUUAUUAUCGCACCUAACUAUCGUCUUAAUCAAUUUCAAUUUCGUCAAGCAUUACCUGCUCGAUUACGUGAUUAUGUUCGAGGUGGCGGAACGAGUGCAUCAGAAUAUACAUGUGGUCCUUUAAUGAAUAUUAUGUUAACUUGUUUACAAAAACAUGAAUAUGAUAAUUUUGCAUGUGAAAAAGAAGUAGCUGACUUUUAUGCAUGUGUAAAUGAAUUUCAGGAGACAAAUACUGUUGAAAAAGCAAAUCUCAAAGGUGGUGGUGAUGAUGAUAAAGUAGUAAAACAAUUUGCACGAAAUCGUCAACCAGCUUGGCUUUCAAAUAAACUUUUAAAAUCAUAUCCUACAUCAUCGUCUGUUGAAUAA